AUGGAGGGACGUAAUGUCCUCCCGCCGAAAGAGGAAGCAGAGGCCGUGAAGGAGGGCCGUCUGCUGCAGCGGUUCAUUCCCGCCCGGGUCAUCUUUGUGCUGCUCGGCUUUAUGGGCUUCAACCUCGUUUACGCCUACAAAACGGUGCUCAGCAUGAGCAUCAUCGCGAUGAUCAACGGCACCAAGGAGAAUAAUGACCGUUUUCCCGGCGACAAGGUCAACUGGGACCACGAGGAGAAGUCGCAGGUGCUGGGCGCCUUCUUUUACGGCUACGUCGUCACGCAGAUACCGGCCGCCGUGCUGGCCACCAAGUUCGGCGGCAAGUGGAUCUUCGGCUGCAGCCUCCUCAUCACCGGCAUCAUGAGCAUUCUGGGCCCCUUUACGGCGAUGAUCGACUACAAACUGUUCAUGGGGACGCGCAUCAUCCAGGGACUGGCGGAGGGCGUCUCCUUUCCGGUAAUGAACGGCAUGAUUGCACAGUGGAUCCCCAAGAACGAGCGUUCCCGCGGGACGACCAUCAUCUUCACGGGGGCGAUGAUCGGCACCGUCCUCACGCUGCCCAUCACCGCCAUUCUCAGCAAGACCCACUUUAUGGGCUCCUGGGCGGCCACCUUCUACCUGCUGGGCAUUGCCGGCGUCAUCUGGUUCGUCCUCUGGUCGGUGCUCGUCUUCGAGUCGCCCGAAGUGCAUCCCUUCAUCUCCACCAGGGAGACGCGCUUUAUAAUUGAAAAUGGCGGCGGUAUGAAGGCCAAGGGCAAGAUAGACAUUCCCGUGCGAGAAAUACUCACCUCUUAUCACGUCUAUGCACUCAUAGUGACGCACUUUGGCCAAAACUGGGGCUUCCUGACGGUGCUCAAUCUGAUGCCCACGUACAUGAACACCGUCCUUAAGAUGAACAUUAAUGAGAACAUUCUCAUCUCUGGAAUGCCCUAUCUUGGCCAGGCGAUUUGGGGCUGGGGUGCCUCCUUCAUCACCGAUAAGCUGCGUCAAAGUGGUCGCUUUUCUAUCACUACACUGCGGAAGGCAAACUCCUUUAUUGCCUACGUUCCGUCGGGCAUUUGCCUGGCACUUGUGCCAGUCAUCAAGCACAACACUACCGGCGCAGCUGUGCUGCUCAUCCUCGCCAUGACCUUCAACGGAUCAUGUCACCCAGGCCUAAACAGCACUCACGGUGACAUGUCGACUCGCUACGCCGGCGUGCUGAUGGGCAUCACCAAUGGCCUGGGCAACAUUCCCGGCUUCCUCGCCACCAUCGUCGCAGGGCAGUUCACCAAAAACGGCGACACGGUGGAAAACUGGGCGCCGGUCUUCUACCUCUCGGCGGCCGUCUUCGGCGUCACCACGCUGAUCUACUGUUUCUUCUGCACCGCAGAGGAGCAACCCUGGGGCAGGGGUAAACCACAAACCACAGCAGCAGCAGCAGCAGCAACUUCGGACGUUGAGGCUGAUGAAUAUGGCGGCCAAACCAAAAAGUAG